AUGUCUCGAUCACAUGAGAGUUGCGCGAACUUGGAGCCUGUCGAUCGCAUUGCUCAAUGGGGGUCGACUUCAGGUUUUCUCGUAUAUAAAGAUGUUUAUGUUCCAUUCUCUCCUCGACUAGGUCCCUCCGAAAGCGCUUUGCUGCUCUGCGCAAUUUUCACACAAAGACACAGUGCCUAUUUCGCCAUGUCUUGCAAUCUGUCGGCUUCCCAUUCUGCUCGCUCAUACCGGCAUAGGGAAGACAACGAGUCGAUAUCCCCUUUGGGCCAGCCGUCUUCCUUCGCUUCUAACGAGUACAGGGAGGUCCCUCUCUCAAAGUCUUUACGCCGCGUCGACUCUGGGCAGCCGUAUUCGACCUCCAUUGUUCCACUUUCCCCUGCUUCCCUAAAGGCCGCCUCUCCCUCGCCAAAGGCGCCGGACAGUCCCACUACUCCCACGGCUGCAACAUCCGAUUCAACGCCCUGCACUAAACCACUGCCAUCCGCAUCCACAUCGGCCUCACGGCCUCAUGUACCGCGUCCUCCCAAUGCCUUCAUGAUCUACCGCUCUGAGCUCGUCAAGACUCGAGCUGUCCCCCCAGAGAUAGAGCAUCGACAGCAAAACCUUAGUCGCCUUGCAGGACAAUGUUGGAACCUCCUUCCUCAGCAUGAAAAGGAUAAAUACCACCAAAAGGCGAAGGAAGCACUUCUAGAACACCAGCGCCUUAAUCCUGACUACAAGUUCACCCCUGCACCUCGCGGUUCUCGCAAAGCAAAGACGAAAGCGCAGCAAGCUGCCGCCUCCUCGAAUGUCAACAGCAGCGAACGUAUCCGCGCCAUCCGCGAGCAGUAUGUCAAGGUUCUGGGUCCCUCGUUGGUUGCGAGCCGCAAGCGAAAGCGGAAGUCGCGAGGAGGUAGCGCUGACGAUGCCGAUACUUUGAGGCACCAAGAUCUUCCUCUCUUGGGGGAUCAGACGCCCCUUGUCCGCUACCACGGGCGUUCUAGUCCUCAACCUGCGCACACGGCUAGGUCUAUUUCAGGCGACUACUCGUCACUCGUCCACCCCUCCUUUUCUCGAGCGUCCCUCCCCCGUCGCCCAUCGACUUCUCUCGGCUUCUCGACCGGCUCUUCUGUGCAACCGACGUUCAACCACAGCAUCUUCUUCGAGUCUCCCCGCCAUUCACCCUGCGACAGCUCCGACUUCAGCUUGUGUCUUCAAGGUGUCUCGGAGGUGGCUCCUAAUCAAUCCGGGAACUCGGAUAUCGAGCAGCUCAACUUUUUCCAAAUGCCUUCCAUAAGCGUUAACGCCGGCUUUUCCUUCCCUCCUGCUCCUGCUCCCGACUUCAACUCCCUUACUUCUCACCACGAGUGCGAUGAAAUCUCUCCUUUCACACAGCCGGUUCUUCAGAUGCCUUUGCAGCACCAGUCACAGCCGACAGCCCCGCAGGAACGCAUGUAUCGCUCCGACAUGGUGAGGAUGGAUGGCAGAUCAGAUGGCCGUGUGGAGAGUGUAACACUCCCUAACCCUGGCGACAAUGGGACGUAUGAAGACUGGAAGAUCCUCCACAACCCUUCCGACGAGUUGAACUACACUGCGUUACACCUCAACCUUCCUCAUUGUGGCACAAUCUCGGAGCCAUCUAGAUGA